AUGGAGGAGAUCCCGGCCGAGACGUUCUUGCGAAGACUCAUGCCUGGAGAGGAUCUUCCGAUGGAUAUUACGGACCUCUACCAUCCAAGCGAAGGCUCGAUCCGCAAUAUGAAGUCUCGGCGACGUGUCAACGUCGAGAUCGCGAAAAUAGCUCGCUCAGUCUUCCUGGCCGAGGCGAGGACUCGCUGUUCGGCUAAGCCUCGCAUGCUGCUCCUAGAUACCUCGACGAGGUUCCUGGAAGACGACAGCCUCGGCGCCGGUGGGCACCAGCGCACCCACCCUGACCUCUCCAUCUACUUCAACACUGAGCGCACUCACGAACUACUGGCCGCGAACCCACCCGACGAGUCCGAUGCCUGCGACGAACUCGGCGACAGCUCACAGACUCCGACUCGCGCCGAGACCAUGAAAGAAUUCAUCGGUGCAACGUCGUACGCAGACAUCGUCGUCCCUAUACAAGUGAAGACAUCCCACGACCACGCAGCCUUCCGGUUCCAAAGUCACACUGGCGGGGUGGCACGCCGUUACAGCGAGAAAGGGUGUCAAUCUCUAGAGCAAAUCACCGAGUACUGCUCUGCGAUUCUAGGACGACAGCACCGCACCCAUCUGUACGCGGUGUACAUCCGCCGCGACAAGGCCCGGCUGCUCUUUGUCGAUCGCGAGCGCUGCUACGUCUCGGAACAGUUCGUAUACGGCACACGCGAAGAUCAGACAUUGCAUCGCUUCUUCUGGCGGCUCGCGCGCAUGGAUCGUCAGCAACUCGGUUUCGAUCCGUCGGUGAUUCUGGCCGACCGUGAAGACGAGAAGAGGCUGCUCGCGCACGCACGGGGCAUGAAGACGGCCGAUCCGCAACGGGCUCUUCUGCUCCGCGCUCUGUGUCGUGAUCCGAAGACCGAGACCCACGAAUCAGUCUACACGCAGUGGCCACUCCAGCGCAUGACGGUCGGAAGCGAGACGUAUGUGGUUGGGCGUCCUAUCAUCCAGACCUGUGCGCUCUACGGACCCGCGCCGCGGGUGUUCCACGCUUUCCGCAUCGAGCAGGACGGCUCGAUCAGGGCUUACACUUUCAAGGACUACUGGCGACUCGACCACGAGAAGAUGGUGCUCGAGCACAAGGUGUACGAUAGGCUGAAGGAGGCUCAGGUCGCCAACAUCCCCACCUGCGUUUAUGGCGGCGAUGUCGUGGUCGAUAGCGAGGUGCAGCGCACGGAGAAUGGAAGCCUCGUUCACUACCGUAUCGUCCUUGAGAAUAUGCUCGAACCUCUUUUAGAGUUCGAGAACUUCCGCGAACUUUCGGGGUUCAUGUUAAACGCCAUGACCGCACACGAGCAGGCGUGGUGUGGCAAAGCCAAAACACUCCAUCGUCAGAUCGGCACGAAUAGCAUCCUCAUCCUCUCCGAGUUUGACGACGCCACCCAGCAGAUCACGCGAACGGCGCUCCUCGGUGACUGGGAGCUGUCGAAGACCAAAACGCAGAUGGACAACGCGACGGGCCCUCGGCAACGUGCGGUAGUGGGGCCCUGGUACUUCCGGUCGAGCUUGUCGUUGAAGUAUCCCAUAUACCGUCCGUAUCGACUGAGCGAUGAAGUCGAGGCGUUCGUACACGUCUUUCAGUAUCUCGUCCUGCGAUUCCACGUGACGGAAUACACUGCCAGUCAAAAGGAAUCGUAUACGCGGCUCCAAGCCAUCGUCAAUAUGGUCUACGCUGAUUUCCACAUCGGCCAGGACAAUCUUUACAGGGGUGGGGACCAGAAGUUCAUAAGAAUGGCCCACCAACAACCCUGGCUCGACCCUAUGAACAACGAGACCAUGUACGAUAUCCUCAUGAGGAUCGCCAAAAUAUCCAGUAAACACUAUUCGACGAUUAAUGGCCGUGCAUGCAACAAUCGUUAUGGCGGCGGCGGCGGGCCCUCCGACCAACCCGUUGCCGCUCCAGACGACUUCGAGGAAGAGGAAGAGGAAGAGGAAGAGCUUCUUAACGAAGACGGGCCGCUCAGCACUCACAAGGCCCUCAAGGAGAUCUUCCAGCACUAUGCGGACAUCCAGCAUUGGGACGAGAAAGACGCGACAUACAAGGAUGACGACUUCUUCUGGGCGGCAGGGAUCGUUCCAUUGGACGAGAACGGUUUGGUGAUCUAUGGGCCCCUCGCCAGGUCCGACAGCAGUGGCUCCGAACCGGCGAGGAAAAAGCAUAAGAUGUAG